GCGUCUCACCACAUAGCCCUUGCGCAUUACCGGAUUGUAAUGUUCGAGUAAUUUUCGCGCCCCCGACGCCUUCCGACCGGUGCGAUACUCGGACGGCGCUCUAUGAAAUUUCGUGGUAUCUAGUUUGUCGACCGGUCUCUGCCGCGGAGCGGCUCGAAGGAAGAUGGCUGCCGCAUUUGCUGUUAGUUGCCCGACUGCGACUAUCGCGGUGAGAGGAGUGGAUGAGGUCUCGCCAGCUCAGGUUCUAGUUCCGACGUUUGAGGGGGAUGACGACGCUACUACUCAGCCAACUGUUUCUAGCUCGCAGCCCUCUUCACGAGCGAAUUUCCCGCCACCGAAUCCCCCCUUCGUGUUCCCAGGUCGCCCGUCUUCGUCUUCGAUCGCUUUCUCCUCUUCCAGGGUGGCUGGUCGACGUCCCCAGUCUGCUAUAGAAUUGCCUGGGCGAACCCCGGCCUUUGGGGAUGGGUUGAGCAACUCUCCCUCGCGGUCGCCCGCUCUCCCGGAUUUCAGUUUUAACCCAGCCGCCGGCUUUGGUCCGGGUACUGCGCGUCGACAUUCUAAGCCCUCGGUGCUCCCGGAUUUCUCGUUCAACCCGGGGGCGACCCUUCGACCCGACAAUUCCUUGCUUAGCCCACCGCUCUCUCCCCAAUCACCGGGCCUGUCGCCAAUUCGCAAUGGGCAUCGACGGGGUGGGAGCGAGUUUGUUGGCGGUAAGCCCAAGAGUGGGGAGCCGAUUACGGUAAUGACUUCGAGUCCGACCCGAUCAGAUAGCGGGUUUGCCUCACCCAAAUUGUCACCUGCGGACAUCCACCCCAGGCGAGGGCAUGCCCACCGUCGCUCUGGGGCUAUAUCUAGUCACGAUCUGACGAUGAUAUUAAAGCCGACCAGUCCAGCCGCGAUGAGGGGCAGCAGCGCGCCCACAAGCCCGGUUGAAUUCGACGACAAGUUCCGUACAUUUCCAGACUCGAAUGUUGAAACUACCCCGUCCGAGCCAAGUCCCAUGGAGGACCCCCAGGAGGUGCUGUUCUCAGCCACAGUGGAAUCCAGCCCGUCACCGAAGUCGGCGGUGCGGACGCGAGUCGGAUUUUCCGACACCCUCGAGUUCAUCCCUCGCCCGUUGUCGUUGAUCUCAACUGAUACGUCGAGUACGACGACGGUUCGACCUGGCCACAAAGUCUCGGGGAGUAUUUCGUCCGUUAUGUCAUCAAAUCCGGCACCUGCAGACCGCGACCCAUCCAGCCGGGUUGGAUCCCCCGUCCCGCGCGCACAGAAUGAGUCGCGUCCCAGCACCGCAGGUGCCGUGUUGGAACGAACCCUAAGCCUCCAGGUCUUAGAUGGAAAUUCCGAAUCCUCACGUCGAAGAAAUUCUAUCCCACUGCUAAUAGGCCUUCCUCAAAGCCGUUCCGGAUCCCCCAUAAACACGAGCCCGGCAAAAACGCCAAGGAAAUGGUCGUUCUUCGGCCUAGACCCUUUCGCAAGUGCUGGCUCGCCUACGAAAGCAAAGCCGGUCGGUUCUUGUCCGCCUAGGGAUAGUGAGGAAGCGCUGAGCCUAGAAAACGCAUUCGCGGAUCAAGAAGACGGGCCAAAGAUGAAUGGUGGGAUGUCUCGCACCGACAGCAAGAAGUCUUCCGGGAGAAAAAAGAAGCAGAAGAAGGUCAAGUCAUGGGCUGGCUCUAUCCUGACGCGGAAAUCCAAGUCGCGUUCUCAGAAAUCUAAACCCGUGCGUCGCCGUUCUCAAACCCCUCCUAUGCGACAAGGACUUCCGGUCGACGAGGUAGAACAAGGUCCAUUAGAUAUCUCGGGACCACCUACUACGCCAAUGGUUCUGGUAACCGCACCUGUUCCAUCUGAUUCGGCCCCCUCAACACCCAGCCGGAUUUACGACGAAGAUAUCCACUAUCCCAUGAUCGAUCUCGAUGCCGCCCUCGGCCCUUUCAACACCCCUUCCUCCCGUGACCCUCAAUGGGACGAGGCGCAGAGAGCCGGCGCCACCCCGAAGCGCCAGCUUCACAGCGCCGCUGGUAUGAGGGGCUUCAGCGGUCCUGGCAUGCACUACCAUCGCCGUGCUGAGAGUGCUCCAGAAAUGCCUCCCUUCGAAGCCGCUCGAUUCGGCAUCCACCGAUUCGGCAGCUCCUCGACUAUGGCGGAUGUGUUUGAGGAGGACGAAGAGGACGACGAACUUGACCAGAGCGCGACGGCUCCAUCGGAAGAAUCCACCGCUGACACUCGAGAUGAUUCCUCUGUCGAGGUUGAUUCGGCAUCUAAUUCUGAUGAUGGCGCCGCCUCGACGCCAACGAGAGAGUCGGAGCCCAGUAAGGAUGAUGACAGCGAUUGCCAAUCAAACAUGUCGUCGGCCAAGCGAAAAGGCAGUGGCUCAAGUCUGGACAUGCAACGACCGGGAUCUAGGAUGAGGACCGAAAAUCCUGCUAGUGGCCUCCACGAAGAGGUUAUCCUAGAAGAACCUAACUACGGCACGCCCAAACGCGAUGGCAGGAUUCCGAGCUUCUCCGAGGCUUCUGACUCGGCGCCGUCGCCCCGUAGGAUACCAAGCGGCUACGAACCCGACCCAAUCGAUGCAAAUGCCGCGACAACUUCCGCGGCCUCUGCGGUGCCCAGUACCCCAUACUCUCUGAGUUAUUCGUCGUCUUUUCCGUCGCCCCGUUCUCCCAUGUCAUACGAUGCGCAUCGAAUCUCAACUACGCCAUCUUCUAUAGCCGAUGAGAACAAUUACCACUCCCUAUUAAUGGGCGAGCCGGGGCCCGAAUUGGUGCGGGUAUCUGUUGACGUCCCUUCUCUGACGAGUAGCAACUCGACCAUGACGAGGGAGAGUACGUUUAUGCCGAGUGUCCGGCCUAGGAACAUGCCCUUCCACGAGCAACGGCCUGCCUCAUUCACCUCUGCGUUCGGCCGUCGGAGAUCGAGCCUGGCUAGUCUUAGCAGGCUGAUUAGCAGCGCCCACGGCGAGCGAAGUAAGCUCAGCAUGGAGGUUUCCUGCGAGAGCGAGCCGGAGAAGAAGACUAAGCCUAGCAAAUCUAAGCGCCUUAGCCGGAUGAUGCAGUUUUGGAAGACGAAGGAGCCGACAGAGUCUUAAGGGGUCGCCU